CGUAAAACGAGCGACAGAACAACAGAACACGCAUGCGCAUGGGAACUGAGCGGAUAGCAUGUUGCCAUGAGGAGAGGAACAUAACUUUUGAGACGACUGGUCCUUACAAGUGAAGUUAAGAAAACAAUGGAGCUCACUGGAAGCAGUUACAAAGGACCGACUCUAAAUGCCAGGAUGGAAGGAGAAGGGGAAUAUACUUUCCCGUCUGAGACCAAGUACAUAGGGGAGAUGAAAGAUGGGAUGUUCCAUGGCAGAGGGGUUCUCCACUUUCCAAAUGGAAGUAAAUACGAGGCCACCUGGGAGAACGGCAUUGCGACGCAGGGAUCUUUCACCUUUGCUGACGGGCUGCCGUACCAAGAGAAGGACUGGGAUUACUGUGACGGCCAGGACAGACGCUUCUACACUGAGAGAUGCAAUGGCCUUCGACCAGCAGGUGAAUCCCAGCUCACAGACCUGCAUCCUCCACGCAUGAUUCCUGAGGGCUGUUAUGACUGUGGAGAUGGUUUCUAUGAGCCAACUACUAGAAUUAUCACUUCCUAUACUGGUGCUUUCCUCAGAAGGGCAGAUGACUCGGAACACGAGUGGAUAGUCCGAACCUGUCGAGUGGCAGAGGAUCCGGUUCCUGAGUCCUUCCUAGAAGAGGCUUCCUGUAUUUCCAGUGUGGAAUAAAAAGGAAAAAAGAAAAUCCCUUAUUGAUACCAAAUAUUUCAACUUUUUUAUUUGGUCUUAGGUUCUAGCAACAGUAAAUGUUACUAUAAAUGGAAAACUGAUUAAAUUUACCAUACCUUAUCAUUACACCUGUAUUCAAUAUUUCUGGUAUUUGGUGCUGAGCUAACACCAUACGAGUGACAUAAAUGAGCAUGGAAUUAAAAUGGAAAUAUGAUAAUUUUUUAAUGAUAAGCCUUUUCAUCUUAUACUCUGAACUUUGAUGCUCACUAAUAUGACAAUAAAUACAGUGGGAUAUCUGAAUUUAUAUGCCCUAUUGGUUUUAUAAUUUAUAAUUCAAACAAAACUUUGACCGUCCUAAAUUGAUGGGAAGUAAAGCAAUUCGGGAAUAGCCAUUGUUGUGCCCCACAGCCCCAAUGAAAAACCCGAUGACAAACUCUGGGCUGAUGGUGCUGUGCAACUACAAGUCAAAUCCUUACUCUAAAAAAAAAAAAAAAAAAGGAACUAUAUGGCUUUAAAAUAUUAAUUUAAAAAACGUAUUUAUACACAUUAACUUUACACUACUAUUAUAAAUUACAUAUAUAUAUAUAUAUAUACACACACAAUACUUUUCAUCUAUUUUCUAAAGUGCUUCUUCUCAUUAGGGUUGCUGCGGGUGAGUUGGAGCCUAUUCAAUCUGAGAAAAGCAGGGUACAUGAUACAUCUUUGGUUGGUCUCCAGUCAAUCACAUUAUAAAAUAUGCACGGUAGCUGUAAAGUGUUCUCAGGUGGAUUGGGUAUGUUCUCGGGACAUGUUGGACCACUUGAUAUGAAAUUAGGAUCAGUUUGAAUGUCAUAAGGGGGCAGCACAGUAGAUUAGUGGUUUACACAUCUUUUUUACAGUUCCAAGAUUCUGGGUUCCAGAUGGGGGCUCUCCCUGGACUAGUCACCAGCCAAUAGCACGACAAUGUAUCGACAAUCAAUCAUUCACACUCCAUUGACACAUGUGGACAAAUACAAGUAUUCCAUAAACCCAAUGUUAUGAGAAAGUGUGAAGAAGUCAGGACACAUGGGGGGAAACCCAGGCAAGCAUGGGAGGCAUGCAAACAAGAUUUGAGCCCCCAAUAUCAGACCUGCAAGGCUUAUGUGCUGCUCCUUCCCCACAGUCUACCAAUGAAUUGUAACAUUGUCAGAACUGUUCAUUAACUGAAAUCAGGUAAAAUGUUUUAUUAUAGGGCCAAUUCACAACAUAAGUUAUCUCAAGGCAAUUUACACAUUGAGCUCCUCAAAGAACCACACUCGUAAUACAUUAUAAAUAUGUACGUAUUGGAAAAACAUCAACUGAAUCCCACAUGAGCAAGCAUUUGGCGACAAAGGCAAGGAAAAAAAUACCUCUAAGGAAGAAACCUUGAAACUGUUUUGUCUCAGCCAGCUGCGCUGAGAUGGCAAGACAGAUCAGAGGAACAGAGGGUAGCUAGAAAGCAAAAACAGGAUAGAGGUUUUAAAGUGACUGGUGGAGGGAGAAGAGAACAAUGGGCACAACAACAGCCGUAUCAACAACAGAAAUAGUCCCGGUGACAGCAAUAAUACUGGUAUUGAAGGGUUCAAGGUUCUGGCAAGUGGCACUGUAUACAAAAAAAAUCCGACAUCUGAGAUAAUAUUAUGGACAAAGGUAUUGAGAGACCACUUUAAAAAAAUGCCAUCUGAAGAACAUAUCCAGAGUGAAGGCUUGCAUGUGUCAAGCAGACCAGGAAACACUCAUCCAUGCUUUUAUCUCAAGUAGACUUGACUAUUGUAAUAGUCUUCUGACUGGACUCCCUAAAAAGAGCAUUAAGCAGCUGCGGCUCAUUCAGAAUGCUGCAGCUCGG